CCUCUGCUCUAACCACUAACCAUUGGAUCACUGCUAGGAAAUGACAUGCAUAAAGAAUAGCUCAAAAGGGAAGUACCAAUCAAGAGUUAGAAGUGUUUCGGAGGUCUCCGGUGUGACAGGUUGCUCAUCACACACGAAAGGAACAUCUCUGAAUCCAAACUGGUGAAGAAAGCCUUUGCCAUUCAUCCACAUACCAGAUUCAAUUUCUUCAUUGACUGGACUAGCAACCAGUGGGACCAAGUGCGUAGCACUGCAGGACGAGCGUGAGAGCUCACACAUCACACCAUGGCCCAAUAUGACCAACUGGAAGAUAAACAUUCGGUGGAUAUCCACGACAACCCCACAACCCCUGACAAUAUUGUAAAAGAGGAAGACAAUACUGUAUACUUUGUUUAUGAGGAGGAGGUGGAAGUAGAGGAGAAGGAGCCCGAGCCUGAGCCCGUUGUUAUAUUGGUGAAUGACAAACCACACAAGUUCAAGGACCACUACUGCAAGACGCCCAAGUUCUGUGACGUCUGUGCUCGUAUGAUCGUCCUCAACAACAAGUUUGCUCUAACGUGCAAAAACUGCAAGACCAACAUCCACCACUCGUGCCAGUCCUAUGUUGAGUAUCAGAAGUGCUUUGGCAAAAUUCCCCCAGGUUUCAGACGAGCAUACAGUUCCCCUCUAUACAGUAGUGACCAGACAGAUGCAGCCCACUCCAACCGUAACGACCCUGUGUUUGACACCCUGCGGGUUGGGGUUGUCAUGGCAAACAAGGAGCGCAAGAAGGGGUCUGAAGACAAGAAGAACAUGAUGAUGAUGAUGAUGGAGGAAGAGGAAUCACAACAACCCAAAGAAGACGAGCAGGCAGAAGGAAAGCCCGAGGGGGAUAAGAAGGGAGACAAGGCUGACAAAGCAGAUGACAAGAAAAAGAAGGAGAUGGGAAACAUGGGAAAUCAGUCCCAUUACUACCUGGCUCUGUACCGCUUCAAGGCCAUUGAGAAAGACGACCUUGACUUCCAUCCUGGUGAUCGAAUCACUAUAAUCGAUGACGCCAAUGAAGAAUGGUGGAGGGGGAAGAUUGGUGAGAAGACAGGUUACCUCCCCACCAAUUACAUCAUUAGAAUAAAAACUGGGGAGAGGGUGUUCAAGGUGACACGGUCCGUCGUGGGAAACAGAGAGAUGGGACAGAUCACUCUGAAAAAAGACCAGAUCGUGGUGAAGAAGGGAGAGGAGGUGAAUGGCUACCUGAAGGUCAGCACCGGCCGCAAGCUGGGCUUCUUCCCCGCCGACCUGCUCCAGGAGAUCUGAACCUUACCGGAUCACAACCACAACCAUAGGACUUGGGUCACACCGUCACCAGGACCAUAAUCACACAAUUCAUCAAACCCAGUUCCAGUGAACACACGUGACCAGGCACAUCAUUUUUAUACUACCAAUCUAGCACCACUAUCAUUUUCCACCUGUAGGGGCCUAGGUCUGAUCUGGUGAGUCUGUAAGCUGUUUGAGGGCUGUAAAGGCUCAGAGGGGGCAAGGUUCUUGAGUGUAACCCAAUACUGCAGCCUCCCCAGCCUGUUGAACUGGGUCAGCUGGCCAUGCAAUCCGAGCUGGAUGGAGAAAUGUGUUAGGUCAGACCGUACAUGUGUGUGGUGGGAAUUUAAAACGUUAACAUGUUUGUGUCAUUUUAAUGUGAUGAAAACUGGACAAAACCUUAAACUAGAUCUUCAGCAAGGUUCAAAAGGCAAUGGCUGUAACUACUGUAAGUAGCUAGGAUUUCGACAUAUUUUUUUGUUAUUCAUUCUAACAAAUUUAUAUUUUGGAGGCUAUUGCUUACUGUCACUGUAGUAGCUUUAUUUUCCCCUUUGAUGUCCAUGUUAAAGGGAGCUUGUUAAAGUGCAUGUCGUUAUUUUUUUGCAUGGGCCCGUCUUUAAUAAUCAUUGCCAAAACAAUGUGCUGUGUAUUUGAGGAAUUUAUAUAGAGCAAUAGCCUAUGGUGACACACAGACCCACAUGCUUUUGCCAGACUAACGUAGGCCUAUCAUUGAUGCAAGAUUGUAACAUUACAGGCCUAUCAUUGAUGCAAGAUUGUAACAUUACAGGCCUAUCAUUGAUGCAAGAUUGUAACAUUACAGGCCUAUCAUUGAUGCAAGAUUGUAACAUUACAGUACAGCCAUUUGUUAUUCAUGUUCUAUUGAAAUACCAACAGCCAAGUGCAGGCUUAUCCCAUGUGUUGUCUUUCUUGAUAUGCAUCCUUUCAAAACCUAUAUAACUCUGUGAUACCGUCAUAGUAAACUUGAAUGACUGACCAUUGUGUAAACAUGAAAUCAAUUCACAAUUAGAAAUAAUGUACUUUAUUUUUGUAGCAGUAUUUUGCAUUCGCUGAUAUGUGUGUGUCUACUAUAACUCAGGACUCAUAUGCCUAACCUAAACAGGUAGGCCUUAUCAGUUCAGCUUUUGUCUACAAAAUAGUCAUAACAGGUACUCAUCUUGAUCCAGUGAUGGGGACCAGAGCCAUAUAUUUGUUCUAAAUACAUGGCUCUGAUGUUGACAACUAGUGAUGUGCAGUUCGCAAACUAUAUUUAUUUAUGUCGUUAUUUUUGAACUACUCUUUUUUUCUGACUCGAGAAACAUUAUUUGUUUUUUUUUGAGUGACUGGUUCAUUUUAGUCCUUCAUUUGACUUUCCUCUUCUUCUUCCUCAUCCCCUUCUUCUUCCUCUUCUUCUACUUCAUCAUGUCGUUCACACAUUUUGUUUUUGCAUGCCGCUACCUACCUAAAUUUGCACCAACAACUAACCCUACACUCAAUUGUAUAACACUAUUUUUUAUCAUUAAAAAAUGCAUGUAGAAACUGUCCAACUAUGGAGAAUAUCCUAGCUCCAUAUAUGAAAUUAAGGAAAUGCGUAUAUGGAGCAUGUCUACUCCUUAUAUCUAAUAAAAUGUCAGAUAUACACGCUC